AUGGCACGGUGGGUCUACAAGGCCGAGAAAUGUACCGUGCUGACCAGCAGCCGUCGGUUGCCGAAGAAGGUCAGAGCCUGGCUGCAGAACUCCGAUGCCCAGCAUCGGGUCAUCACAAACUGUACGCUGAAGAGGUUGAGCGCCCGGCUUCCUUCCGCAGCCACUGACGGCAAUGGUGAUGUGCAACCGCUCAGACCAUGUCAGCGCGACUGUCUGGACGCAUGCGCCAAGGGUGCUCGAGUCCUGGAGAUGGCGUGUGGCACGGGGAAGACGAGGGUGAUCCAGGAGUUGGUGUCGAACGUUUUGAUCACGGUGCCCUUGCGUGCCCUGCUCGACCAGUUUGCUCCCGAUUUCCCCAGCUUCUGCAAAGUGGGCACUGGCCACAACAAGAAGAUCGACUUGGAUGCCAAGGGGUUCCUGGCUGUGACAGAUUCGGUCCACUUGCUGAAGAAGUUGAAGUUUGAUUCCGUCUUUGUGGACGAGGGGCAUCAUCCGUUGCCACCCAAAAUGCCCCGGUCGACCGAGUUGUACCGCUUGUCCGCCACUCACAAGGACCAGCCAGAUUUCCGAUACACCAUGGGACAGGCGAUUGACGAUGGGGUCUUGUGCGAUUACGACAUCACGGUUCCUGCCCUGACAGCUCACCAUGCAUACGUGUGCUUGGCAGAUCUGCUUCUGAAACAAGUGGGGAGGUUCAGGCGGGUGCUUGCCUAUUGCAAUUCUGUUGCUGAAGCGAAACGCUUCCGGAUGGUGUUGAGGAAGCUGGGGCUGGCGGCAUGGCAUAUCAAUGGCAAGACACCUUCGAAAAAACGAGAAAGUGUGAUUGCAGAGUUCGCUGGGCCAUUGCAAAAACCGGUUCACGUGCUUGUGACUGUGGAAGUUUUGGGAGAAGGGAUCAACAUUCCCAACGCGGACACCUGCAUGUUUGUGGAGCCCCGAAGUAGCUACAGGAGCAUCAUUCAAGCCAUCGGGCGGGUGUUGCGCCACCACCCGGCCAAAACUUUGGCACAUAUCGUCCUGCCAGCUGUAGCAAUCCCCAACUCAAGAUCAGCGUCCGUGUCACUAUCAAGUUUCGGAACUAAACCGAUCGAAGGUGCGGAGCAACCAAAUGCCAGAGAGGCCAACAGCCUUCACAUCCACAAACCUCAAUUGCAAAGCCGAACUCCUCCGGAAAGUGACUGUGAGCUGCCGCCUGCAACUGUGCAGGUUGAACAACGCUGGCAGGCAAGAACCCCACAAACAUCUGGUGGUAAGGAGGAGAUGGCUUCCACAACUAAGUCACCUGCUGCAAUCAUUAUCGCUGGCACGCCUGCUGCAGUGAAAAGGAAGGCGUCCGGAGUUCAUCCAGCAACUCCCACACAUGAUCAGCGAAGAGAUGAAGUACGCAGCGAACCAGACUGGGAAUUUGAAGCAAAGGGGCUCGAGCGAAAGCCUCGUCACUGCGGCAACGAACCUGAGCGGCAAGUCGGUCCAACAGCUCUAGUUGAUCGUCAGCAAGACAGCGUGCAGCAAGGUUAUUUGCACAAGACUGGUGGAUCUAUGCGACGCUUGCAUGGGCACAAGUCGAUCCAGUCCCACCAACGAUUCAAAGUGAAAGCAUCUGGCGGAUCUGCCAUGUGCGAUCAGCAUUUCGGUAGCCAAUUGGAACGUUUUCUGGCCACGCUGAUGAUCGCAGAUCACCGCCUGGUUGGUGCAGCUGCAGGGCACAGAAUUCAGGUAGUAGACUGCACUUUGGCCGAUGCCGCUGCAAGCAUCACGGAAGGGUGGGCGACAGAGAUCUACAGUUGGCUCUCUGCAGUUCUAUCUCGUGAGGACCACUGGGAGACUCGCUUGAAGGAAGUGGAGAUGUUUGCCAACAGAAAUGGGAGGCUCCCAGUUCGCGAGCGCGAUUCUGCCUAUGAACGCACAUUGGGGAGAUGGCUCAACAGCCAGAACACCGCCUUUAGAGAGCAAAGACUGCUUUCGUACAGAUUUCAAAAAUUGCUAUCGGCAUCCUCAAUUCUUAUCCGUCGCCGUGUUGGAGGCUGGCAAACUGGCGACUCUGAUGGGCGUUUUCGGAGCAACUGCGAAGCGCUCAGAGCAUACGUGCAGCUACACAAAAGAUUGCCAAAAAGGACGCGUCAUCAGAUCACAUCCUCGUCCUGGAAGCUGGCACAAUGGUUGGAAAGUGUAAGGAAUGGGUCGAUUAUACUAAGUACAAGCAAGCAAGAGAUGCUACAAGAAACACAUCCAUUGGUCAAAGCCGCGCUCCAGAAGUGGAAGGACGCUCCCAGAAUCGAUCGGUCUCGAUGGGAGCAGAAGCUCAACGAGUUGUCCGUGUUUGUGACGGCAGUGGGGCGCCUCCCAAAAAGUCGCGGAGGAGAGGACUUUGACAGAAGCUGCUACCAGUGGCUUCGUGUUCAGUGUUGGAGGGUUCUAUCAGGAUACCUGCCGGAUGAGAUGACCCAGCUGCCGGUUGGAGGUGGAGACACGAGUCGGAUGCCGGAGCCUGAGCAACGCGGAGAGGUGGAGAUGGAUGAGAAGACGGGGAAGAUGCCCAGUGCUUCUGACAUUGGCAGGAUGCAGCUGAGACAGCUGGGAGCUUGGACCAUGGGCGUGAGAGCCACGCCAAAGCAUGUGGCCGGAACUUCAGCUGCACUUGGGAAGAAACAUGAUGAACUCGCGCCGUUGACGGUCUCAGUAGUGAAGGGGCACCUGACCACUUUCAACAGCCUUGACGACCGAGACAAGGCCUUCAUGCAGCGCUUGCAGAACUUGGCACACGAAGCGUUGAGCUGGCCACACCUGGGGGAGAGGCAACGGCUGCUGUGGGCUGCCGCGCUGGAGCUGAAUGCAGUGCCCAUGCAGGAGUUGCCUCCCUGGUUCUGGGAACGCCAAAACAUCACACAGCGAUAUCCAGGCCUAAACUUGCUGAGCUUGGACGGUUCGCAUGCCGUUGGCUGCUGGAACACGUCGGUCUCCUUCAAGGAGGUGAGGCGCUUCCUCCGCAUGGCACGGUGGGUCUACAAGGCCCCAAAAUGCACCGUGGUGACCAGCAGCCGCCGGUUAUCCGAGAAGGUCACAGCGUGGCUGCGGAACUCCAAUGCCGAGCAUUGUCUCAUCACAAACCGUACGAUGAAGAGGCUGAGUGCUGGACUUCCUUCUCCAGCUGAUGGAACUGGUGGCGUCCCGCCCUUGAGACAAUGUCAGCGCAACUGCCUGGACGCAUGCGCCAAGGGUGCUCGAGUCCUGGAGAUGGCGUGUGGCACUGGGAAGACCCGGGUGAUCCAGGAGUUGGUGUCCAACGUCUUGAUCACGGUGCCGCUGCUUGCUCUUCUGGAUCAGUUCGCUCCUGACUUCCCCAGCUUCUGCAAAGUGGGCACAGGCCACAACAAGAAGAUCGACUUCGAUGCCACAGGUUUCAUUGCUGUCACGGAUUCGGUCCACUUGCUGAAGAAAAUCAAGUUUCACUCCAUUUUUGUGGACGAGGGGCAUCAUCCGUUGCCACCAAAAAAACCGCAGUCAGCGGAGCUGUAUCGAUUUUCCGCGACCUACAAGGAAGAGCCGGAUUUCCGAUACACCAUGGGACAGGCGAUCGAAGAUGGAGUCUUGUGCGAUUACGAUAUCACGGUGCCUGCCUUGACUGCUCAUCAUGCAUACGUUUGUUUGGCAGAUUUGCUUCUGAAACAGGCUGGACGUUUCAGGCGUGUGCUGGCCUACUGCAAUUCUGUUGCUGAAGCAAAACGCUUCCGGAUGGUAUUGAGGGAGCUGGGACUGGCAGCAUGGCACAUCAAUGCCAGGACACCUUUAAAGAAGCGAGUAACCGUGAUUGAAGAGUUUGCCGGGCCCCUGCAAAAACCGGUUCAUGUGCUUGUGACUGUUGAAGUUUUGGGAGAAGGGAUCAACAUUCCCAAUGCCGACACCUGCAUGUUCGUUGAGCCACGGAAUAGUUACAGGAGCAUCAUUCAAGCCAUCGGGCGGGUGUUGCGCCACCACCCUGCCAAGACUUUGGCGCACAUCGUCCUGCCAGCAGUGGCGAUCCCAAACUCCAGAUCAGCUUCCAUAUCGCAGUCUCAUUGCAGGAAUACAGAGAGCAAGGGUGAGGAGCAACGGAAUGCUAGGGAGGCCGGCGGCCUGCAAAUUCAUAAACCUCAAAUGCGCAGCCGAACUCCUCACGAAAGUGACAGUGAGCUACCAACUGUCCAGGUUGAACAACGACAGCCGAAAAACCUACGCACAUCUGGUACUGCUGGAAAUGGUGAAGAUGAGGCAGCUUCCAGAUCUGCAUCAACUGCUGCAAUCAGCGUGGCUGCCCCUCCUGCAGUCACCAGGAGGCAGGCGGACGCAUUUCCAGCCAUUCAGUCAAAUGGCCUGCAGAUCGACCACGGGCGCCGCAACCGGAACAAGAAUUUUGACGCAAGCCUGGUGAAGCGAAAGCCAGGAGAAGUUCAAGAUCAAUACUUGGAAAGAUCCAAGCUGGCGAGAUGUGACCCAACUACACUUGGCAGGCAAGGAGUCUUUGCAGGUUUCGGAAGUCCCAUUGAUGAUCAAGUGCCCGCCAUGCAGAAGAGCCGGGCCACGAUUCCCAUUCGACGCCAAGGAUUCAACUUGAAAGUAUCUGGCGGAUCUCCUAUGUUCGACCAGCAGUUCAGUAGCCAACUGGAACGCUUUCUGGCCAUGUUGAUGGUGGCAGAUCAUCGUCUGGUUGGGUCAAUUGCAGGGCACAGAAUCCAGGUAGCAGACUGCACUUUGGCCGAUGCUGGUGCGGGCAUGAUUCAAGGAUGGACGGUGGAGAUUUAUAGCCGGCUCUCCGUGAUUCUAUCUUCAGAGGAUGACUGGGAGACUCGACUGAAGAGUUUGGAAGCGUUUGUUGAUGAGCAUGGCAAGCUCCCAUGUCGCCGCCAGCGCGAGUCUCAUUCUGAAAGAGAACUGGGAGCAUGGCUCAACAACCAGUGUGCUGCUUUCAGUAGGCAAAGGCUGCCGUUGCACAGGUUUCAGAAGCUGUUGGCAUCCUUACCUCUGAUUCGCCGGCGUGCUAAAGGAUGGCAGACGGGUGACCCCGAUGGGCGUUUCAGGCAAAGAUGCUCUGAGCUCGGGGAGUAUGUGCAGCUGCACCACAGGCUGCCAGGCCCCGGGAAACUGGCGACCUGGUGGGCACAUGUGCGCGGAGGAAAAACCAGACUAGGUCCCGACAAGAUGAAGAUGCUGCAAGAGGUGGAUCCCAUGGUCAAAGCUGAGCUCCAGAAAUGGCAGAAUGCGCCGCGACUCCUUCGGCCUCACUGGGAGCAGAAGCUUGGUCAGCUAUCUGGGUUUGUGUUGGCAACAGGCCGCAUCCCAAAAGGCAGUGGAGUGAAAGCUGAAAAAAGUUGCUACCAAUGGCUUGGGAUUCAGCGCCGGAAGCUCCUAGCAGGAUAUUUGCCGGAUGACAUGGCGCAGCUUGCAGCGCUAGUUCUGUUCCCUUCUUGUAUCCAGCAUGCAGUUCAGAAAGCAUUAGGCCACCAGUUGGAGGUGGAGAGACCAAUCGGCUGCCAGAGCCUCAGCUGGGAGCCUGCAGAGGCUGCCAGUGGGAGGUGGAGAGAUUGGCCGGAUGCUAGAGCCUCAGCUGUGAAGUUGCAGAGGUGGAUUGGGAUGAUGAGGGCGGAUUGGGAAUGUGCCAGACUUGACGAGCGCGACGCGGCCUUCAUGGAGCGCCUGCGGAACUUGGCGCACGAGGCGCUGACGUGGUCCCAUCUGGGUGAGCGGCAGCGGCUGGUGUGGGCGGCUGCGCUGGAGUUGGACGCCGUGCCCUUUCAGGAGCUGUUGGGCGAUUCCAAUGAUGGUAGGCUAGGCAAGAGUGGCGCGAGCCUGGACUUGCUGAGUUUGGACGGUUCGCAUGCCGUUGGCUGCUGGAACGCAUCGGUUUCCUUCAAGGAGGUGAGGCGCUUCCUGCGCAUGGCACGCUGGGUCUACAAGGCUCCAAGAUGCACAGUGGUGACCAGCAGUCGCCGGUUGCCCAAGAAGGUGAAAGCCUGGCUGCAGAACUCCGACGCUGAGCAUUGGGUCAUCACAAACCGUACCAUGACGAGGCUGAGAUCGGGAAGGGAAGAGCUGCAGACUCGAAUGCGGAUUAGUUUGAACAAUUUGGUGAGUGCAGAUGGUUUCUCCUGGAUGGAAAACUGGAUGACACGCAGGUCUAGGUUGAGCAGUAGCCUUUCCAUCUAUCCACGCAUUCCCCAAAGCACCGGUGCCAGGUUGAGUGCUGCAGCUCCUUCUGCGGAUGCUGAAAAUGAUGACAUGCAGCCGCCCUUGAGGCAAUGUCAGCGCGAUUGCUUGGAGGCAUGCGCCAAGGGUGCUCGAAUCGUCGAGAUGGCUUGUGGCACUGGGAAGACGAGGGUGAUCCAGGUUUUGAUCACCGUUCCCUUGCGUGCCCUGCUAGAUCAGUUCGCUCCCGACUUCCCCGGCUUCUGCAAAGUGGGCACGCGCCACAACAAGAAGAUCGACUUUGAUGCCAGAGGUUUCAUAGCUGUGGCGGAUUCCGUCCACUUUCUUCAGAAAAUCAAGUUUCACUCCAUCUUUGUGGAUGAGGGGCAUCAUCCGUUGCCACCCAAAAUGCCCGGGUCGAUGAAGUUGUAUCGGUUGUCGGCCACUCACAAGGAUGAGCCGGAUUUCCGGUACACCAUGGGACAGGCGAUUGAAGAUGGGAUCCUGUGUGAUUACGACAUCACUGUGCCUGCCUUGACUGCGCACCAUGCAUACGUGUGUUUGGGAGAUUUGCUCUUGAAACAAGUUGGGAGGUUCAGGCGUGUGCUGGCCUACUGCAAUUCUGUUGCUGAAGCGAAACGCUUUCGGAUGGUGUUGAGGAAGCUUGGGCUGGCAGCAUGGCAUAUCAAUGGAAGGACACCUUUAAAGAAACGAGAAGCUAUCAUUGAAGAGUUUGCCGGGCCCCUGCAGAAACAGGUUCAUGUGCUGGUCACUGUUGAAGUUUUGGGAGAAGGGAUCAACAUUCCCAAUGCGGACACCUGCAUGUUCGUGGAGCCCCGAAAUAGCUACAGGAGCAUCAUUCAAGCCAUCGGGCGGGUGUUGCGCCACCACCCGGCCAAAACUUUGGCACAUAUCGUCCUGCCAGCUGUGGCGAUCCCGAGCUCAAGAUCAGUUUCCAUACCACAGACAGGUUCCAGAAAUAAAGAGAUCAAAGGUGAGGAGCAACUGAAUGCAAGGGAGGCUGACAGCCUUCAAAUUCCCAAUCCUCAAAUGCACAGCCGGACUCCUCAGGAAAGUGGCAAUGAGCUGCCACCUGCAACUAUACUGGUUGAACAAGCAUUUGGUAUUGGUAAGGAGGAGAUGGCUUCCAGACCAAAGUCAACAGCUGCCAUGAGCAUCGCUGGCACGCCUGCUGCAGUGAAAAGGAGGAAGGCGGCCGGAGUUCAUCCAGCCGCUCCCGCAAAUGGUCAGCGAAGAGAUGAAGUACGCGGUGAACCAGACUGGGAAUUUGAAGCAAAGGGGCUCGAGCGAAAGCCUCGUCACUGCGGCAAGCAUGGCGAACCUGAGUGGCAAGAUCGUCCAACAGCUCUAGUUGAUCGUCAGCAAGACAGCGUGCAGCAAGAAGAGUUGCACAAGACUGGUGGAUCUAUGGGGCGCUCCAAUCGGCACCAGUCGAUCCCGAUCCAGACACUUCAAGAAGAUCUUCAAUACCAAUAUUUGGAACAACUCAAAGCCGGCACCUCUGAUCCAAUUAGACCUGAGAGGCCUGCCAUAGUCAAACGUUUGUCGAGCGGUUUUGAUCAAAAGCCAACAAUUGAGAUCAAAAGGGCCGCGGUUCUAUCAAGGACACAGCAAAGAUUCAAACUGGGUGCGUCCAGUGGAUCUCCCUUGUUCGAUCAACAGUUUGGCAGCCAGCUGGAACGUUUUCUGGCCAAGCUGAUGAUCGCAGAUCAUCGCCUGGUUGGUGCAGCUGCAGGGCACAGAAUUCAGAUAGCAGACUGCACUUUGGCCGAUGCCGCUGCAAGCAUGACGGAAGGGUGGGCGACGGAGAUCUACAGUUGGCUCUCUGCUGUUCUAUCUCGUGAGGACCGCUGGGAGAUUCGCUUCAGAGAGUUGGAGAUGUUUGCCAACAGAAAUGGGAGGCUCGCAGUUUACAAGUGCGAUUCUCACUACGAAAGCACAUUGGGGAGAUGGCUCCACAGCCAGGGCACCGCUUUUAGACGGCAAAGAUUGCCGUUGCACAGGCUUCAGCAACUGCUAUCGGCAUCCUCAAUUCUUGUCCGUCGCCGUGUUGGAGGCUGGCAAACUGGCAACCCUGAUGGGCGUUUUCGGAGCAACUGCGAAGCGCUCAGAGCAUACGUGCAGCUACACAAAAGAUUGCCAAAAAGAUUAAAAAAGACGCGUCAUCAGAUCACAUCCUCGUCCGGGAAGCUGGCGCAAUGGUUGGAAAAUGUAAGGGCAGGGGUGAUUGGAUUAAGUCCAAGCAAGCAAGAGAUGCUACAAGAAACCCAUCCAUCGGUCAAGGCCGCACUUCAGAAGCGGAAGGACGCUCCCACCAGAAUCCAUCGGUCUCGAUGGGAGCAGAAGCUCAAUGUGUUGUCCAUGUUUGUGACGGCAGUGGGGCGCCUCCCAAAGGGCCGUGGAGGAGGGGCCGUUGAAAGGCGCUGCUACCAGUGGCUUCGUCUUCAGUGUAAGAGGGUUCUAUCAGGAUACUUGCCGGAUGAGAUGACUCAGAGGCUUCAGAACGCCCAUCCUGUGAUUGCAGCACAUAUUGACGCAUUUGUCCAGACAGAUCAGAGAGCAUCUUAGAGCCACGUGCGAGCAGUGUGUGCAGCAGGGAUUAGACAACGGUCAGGGCUGCAAAGUUGGUGACACAGGCAUGCUCCUUUUCCUAUGGCAAUUCUGUCCUUUUACAUUCUGCGCGCAAUUUUGGGAGGGCAAGCAGCCAGUUCUGUCAUGUUCUGCCAAUCCCAAGACUAUCCAGCAACAUCCUUCCAGAGAGGCCCCGGUGACACUUUUGCGGCUUCUGCGUCCAAAA